UCCGGCUGUAUCUACCUUUAUUCUGAAAAUUUUACUGAGUUUGAUAAAGGUUUCCUUUAUUCAGGUACUAAUCUUAUAUAGUUUAAAAAAAUAAAUUGUGGUUAUAUUGUUUUUUAAAAUAAUGUCAGAGAUCGAAAUAGAUGAUUUUAAUAUUAGUGCUCUGCCUGAAUGUUAUGACUAUAAUUUGAAAACUAUAGAAGUUGUAGGAGCUAGUGAACUAUCCUACAACCAGUUCUUCAACAAAUUUAUGACCAAAAACAUUCCUUGCAUCAUUAAGAACAUCGGUCACGAUUGGAUAUGUACACGAAAAUGGAAAAAAGACGCUCACAUAGAUCAUGAUUAUUUUAUUAAAACCUAUGGAGACUUAAAAGCCCCUGUAGCAGACUUUAGUGAUAUUAUGUUUGACUCGCACUCUAAAACAGACAUGAAGGUGUGCGACUAUAUGAAUUAUUUGAAAAGUCGCACUAAAGAAAAACUUCUGUAUUUAAAAGACUGGCACUUACGAAAACUACGACCUGAUGAUAACUUUUAUGAAGUGCCAAUUUUCUUUGCCCCUGACUGGCUCAAUGAACAUGCUCAAGACUGUGAAGAGGAUGACUACAUGUUUGUGUAUAUUGGACCUACAGGUACAUGGACACCCUUACAUGCUGAUGUGUACCGUUCCUUCAGCUGGUCCAUUAACAUAAUAGGAAGAAAGAAGUGGAUAUUAUUCCCACCUGGAGAAGAAACAAAACUAAAGGAUAAAUUUGGUAGAUUGCCCAUGCAAUUCAAUGAAAAAACACACCCAGGUGUUAAAUAUUUUGAAGUUACCCAAGAUGAAGGUGAUGCAAUAUUUGUUCCAUCCUGUUGGUAUCAUGAAGUUCAUAAUCUAUUAGAUACUGUAUCAAUUAAUCAUAACUGGAUUAAUUGUUGUAAUGUUGGACAUGUAUGGGAAGCAUUACAAAAUGUUCUAAUAACUGUAGAGCUUGAAUUAGCAGACAUCAGGCAUGAGGAAGAUUUUCUUUCAAGCUGUCAAAAUUUGUUGAAAGCAGAUUUUGGGAUGGACUUUACAAUGUUUACCAAACUUUUAUGUCAUAUGGGCAAAAAAAGAUUAGAUCAACUAAAAUCAGGAGAAAGCAUAGGUUUUAAUAAUUACUCACUAGGACCAAACCAAAUGAAACUUGAUUUAUUAAUUAUUGCUGACACAAUGGAUAAAAUAUGUUACCAUCCCCUUGUCAUUAAUGAAUGCAUUAUGCAAAAUGAACUAGAAAAUGAAUUAAUAACAACCAAAAACUCUAUUUCCCAAUAUUUAAGUACUUAACAUAUUAAACUAACUUCUAUUUAUGUAUAAAAUACUAAGUAGGUAUUAUUUAUGUAUGUAGGUAUACAUAGUUAUAUGUGUAACUUAA